AGGCGCCCGGGAUGGAGGAGCCGGACGAGCUGGAGCUGCUGAUGGAGAAGACUUUCGGGGAGGAGGCUGUGCCGCUGCCGGAGCUGCUUCAGAGUAAGGUGGAAGCUUCUUUCCCAAGAACGGUUUUGAGCCGAGGAGUGGAUAACCGGUACCUGGUGUUAGCAGCCACUGUUGAACAGAAUGAAGAGGGCAGCCAGGAAAAGCAUUUAAUCAUCACUGCCUCCCAGUCGCGGGAGCACAAGGAAAAAUGCAUCUUGAGAGAUGGCUGGUGUUCUGUGCCGGUACAGCCAGGAGACAUCAUUCAUUUAGAGGGGGACUGCACUUCUGAUACUUGGAUCAUAGAUGAAGAUACUGGAUAUUUGAUCCUCUAUCCGGACAUGCUGAUUUCUGGAACAAGUAUAUCCAGCAGUAUUCGGUGUAUGAGAAGAGCUAUCCUCAGUGAAACUUUUAGGAGCUCAGAUCCAACAACACGCCAAAUGCUCACUGGUACAGUUCUCCAUGAAGUAUUUCAGAAAGCAAUAAGUGAUAAUUUUGCCCCGGAAAAGCUACAAGAACUUACUUCUCAAACUGUUCAGGAAAUAAGACAUCUGAAGGAAAUGUACCGCUUAAAUCUGAGUCAAGAUGAAGUAAAACAGGAGGUGGAAGAAUAUCUUCCUUCAUUUUCUAAAUGGGCUGAAGAUUUUAUGCAUCAGAAUACUGGCUUCCCUCAAAUGCAGCUGUCUCUGCCAAGUGAUGGCAGUAACACUAAUUCAAUGUGUCAUAUUGAAGUAAUCAAUUCAUUGGAUAUUGAAGAAAGCAUUUGGUCCCCUAGGUUUGGACUAAAGGGCAAAAUAGAUGUUACAGUUGGUGUGAAAAUACAUCGAGAUUGUAAAUCAAAAUAUAAGAUAAUGCCUUUGGAACUUAAGACUGGCAAAGAAUCAAAUUCUAUUGAACACCGUAGUCAGGUGGUUCUGUACACACUGCUCAGCCAGGAGAGAAGAGCCGACCCUGAGGCUGGCCUGCUUCUGUACCUCAAAACCGGGCAGAUGUACCCUGUGCCUGCCAAACACCUAGACAAGAGAGAAUUGUUAAUGCUGAGAAACCAGAUGGCGUACUCUUUGUUUCACCGUAUCAGCAAACCUGCUACUGGAAAAGAUAAAACACAGCUUGCUUCUUUACCAGAAAUAAUAGAGGAAGAAAAAACCUGCCAGUACUGUUCACAAGCAGGCAUCUGUGCUCUCUAUAGCAGAGCCAUUGAACAACAGGAGGAUGACAGUGUGGUCCCAGUUGCCAUUCUACCCAGAAUAAAGGAAGAAACGGAACAUCUGAAGCCUACACACUUAGAGUAUUUCAGCCUGUGGUGUCUGAUGUUAACUCUGGAGUCACAGUCGAAGGAUAACAGAAAGAGUCACCAAAAUAUUUGGUUCAGGCCUGCUUCGGAAAUGGAGGAGAGUGGCAGCUGCGUUGGCAGCCUGAUUAGAAGACAGUGUGUAACCAGAGUUUGCGACGGACAGUAUUUGCACAAUUUCCAACGGAAAAAUGGUGCCAUGCCUAUCACAAAUCUGAUGGCAGGUGACAGAAUUAUUCUAAGUGGAGAAGAGAGAACACUGUUUGCUUUGUCUAGGGGAUAUGUGAAGGAGAUUACCGUGACGACAGUAACAUGUGUGUUAGACAGGAAUUUGUCUGUACUUCCAGAAUCAACUUUGUUCAGAUUAGACCAGGAAGAAAAAAAUUGUGAUAUAGAUACCCCACUGGGAAAUCUUUCUAAAUUGAUGGAAAACACUUUUACCAGCAAAAAACUUCGAGAUCUAAUCAUAGACUUUCACGAACCCCAGUUUGUAUCCUACCUCAGUUCUGUCCUUCCACCUGAUGCAAAGGACACGGUUGCUCACAUUCUAAAAGGUUUGAAUAAGCCCCAGAGGCAAGCCAUGAAGAAGGUUCUCCUCUCCAAGGAUUACACGCUCAUCGUGGGCAUGCCCGGGACUGGGAAGACAACUACAAUAUGUACUUUGGUAAGAAUCCUCUACGCCUGUGGUUUCAGUGUUUUGUUGACCAGCUAUACACAUUCUGCUGUUGAUAAUAUCCUCUUGAAGUUAGCCAAGUUCAAAAUUGGAUUUUUGCGUUUGGGUCAGAUUCAGAAGGUUCAUCCAGAUAUCCGGAAAUUCACAGAGCAGGAAGUGUGCAGAUCAAAGUCUGUCAAAUCUUUAGCUCAUCUGGAAGAACUCUACAGUAGCCAACUUAUAGUUGCAACAACAUGUAUGGGAAUAAACCAUCCAAUAUUUUCCCGUAAAAUUUUUGACUUCUGUAUAGUGGACGAAGCCUCUCAAAUCAGCCAGCCCAUUUGCCUGGGGCCGCUUUUCUUUUCCCGGAGAUUUGUGCUGGUGGGGGAUCAUCAGCAGCUCCCGCCCCUUGUGCUGAACCGGGAAGCCAGAGAGCUUGGCAUGAGUGAAAGCUUAUUCAAGAGGCUGGAGAGGAAUAAGAAUGCUGUUGUGCAAUUAACUGUACAAUACAGAAUGAACAGUAAAAUUAUGUCCUUGAGCAAUAAGCUGACCUAUGAGGGAAAGCUGGAAUGCGGCUCCGACAAGGUGGCCAAUGCCAUGAUAAACCUGCCCAAGUUCAAAGAUGUGAAGCUGGAACUGGAAUUCUAUGCUGAUUAUUCUGAUAAUCCUUGGCUGCUCGGAGUAUUUGAACCAAACAUCCCUAUUUGUUUUCUUAAUACAAGCAAGGUUCCAGCACCAGAGCAAGUUGAAAAAUGUGGUGUGAGCAAUAUAACGGAAGCCAAACUCGUUGUUUUCCUGACAUCAACAUUUAUUAAGGCCGGAUGUAAUCCCUCUGAUAUUGGUAUCAUUGCACCGUACCGACAGCAGUUAAAGAUCAUCAGUGAUUUAUUGGCACAUUCUUCAGUUGGCAUGGUGGAAGUAAACACAGUAGACAAAUACCAAGGAAGAGACAAAAGUAUUGUCCUUGUGUCUUUUGUUAGAAGUAAUAAGGAUGGAACUCUUGGUGAGCUCUUGAAAGACUGGCGCCGUCUUAACGUUGCUAUAACCAGAGCCAAGCACAAGUUGAUUCUGGUGGGCUGUGUGCCUUCACUCAACCGCUACCCUCCCUUGGAGAAGCUGCUUUGUCAUCUAAACUCGGAAAAACUCAUCAUGGACCUUCCAUCAAGAGAGGAUGAAAGUCUUUGCUACGUCCUGGGUGAUAUUCAAAGAGGAUAAAGAACUGUUUUCUUAGGAAAGGAUUGUCACACUAGCUAGGCCUGGUAUUUGAAAUCUGAGUGUGAGGUGAGGUAUUGGUCCUGCCUUAUAUAGCUGAACCGAAGAGUGCUGAUCCUAUAAGAAGCUACGAGAGACCCCACAGCUGUGG